GAGGGGGAGGCGGGGCAGGUGGGUUAUGGUUGCCUGGAGUGUGCGUUUGGCGCGGUACUUGGGGCGGGAGGAGAUCCUUCCCUGGCCCCGCUGGGGAAGGCUGGGCUGAGGAGCUGGGCCGGGAGCACAGGCCGUGUCCGCUCGCUUGCAUAUUUUCAGACUGCUGUGUCGGGCCUCGAGCCGGACCAACCUGGAGCCCCCCCUACCCACCCGCUCCCAGCGCCCAUUAUCUGCCCACAGCCCAGGAGGGCUGGGCUCGGUCAUCCCCAGCCCCGCCACGGCCACCGGCCCUUGAGAUCAGCCCUCCCCACCUCCCCGUUCCAGGCCGGCCCAGGGCCCGAAACCCACCCACCCGCGCCUCUAGCAGCCGCUCUUGUCCUCUGGGUACGGCUCGCGGGAGUGUUGGUUACCAUGGUGAAGCUGGCAGCCAAAUGCAUCCUGGCAGGAGACCCAGCAGUGGGCAAGACGGCCCUGGCCCAGAUCUUCCGCAGUGAUGGAGCCCAUUUCCAGAAGAGCUAUACACUGACAACAGGAAUGGAUUUGGUGGUGAAGACAGUGCCAGUUCCUGACACGGGAGACAGUGUGGAACUCUUCAUUUUUGACUCUGCCGGCAAGGAGCUGUUUUCGGAAAUGCUGGAUAAAUUGUGGGAGAGUCCCAACCUCUUAUGUCUCGUCUAUGAUGUGACCAAUGAACAGUCCUUCAACAACUGCAGCAAGUGGCUGGAGAAGGCUCGGUCACAGGUUCCAGGCAUCUGUCUCCCAGGUGUUCUAGUUGGGAACAAGACAGACCUGGCCGGCAGACGAGCAGUGGACUCCGCCGAGGCCCGGGCGUGGGCGCUGGGCCAGGGCUUGGAAUGUUUUGAAACAUCCGUGACAGAGAAAACAACGAAAGAGUGACUUCUUCGGGUUGCAAACUGUCAGUGAUGGAGCCAGGAUUAAGAACUCGGGCUGGCUAGCCCUCUGUGCAUAGUAUGAUGUUUAUGUAUACCAUGCCCGUUCACUUUUCAGCGCUGCCAGGAAACAGAGCUGAUGGAUAUGAGGAGGACAGUAGCAAAGAGUUUGUUUCCAUCCUAAAAAGGCAAGAAGACUAGGAAGCCUCAUCAGGAGAAAAUAUUGAAUGGGCAGCUUUCGAGUUUCACCUGUGAUCUGAGGGGAAAAGUGC